CCGCGCCCGGGCUCCUGGAGGCGCUGCGGGGCGACGCCGAUUGGGCUGUGCGCCAGAGUGCGGCGGAGGCGCUCGGGAAGCUCGGCGCCGCGGAGGCCGCGCCCGGGCUCCUGGAGGCGUUCCUCGGCGACGCCGAUUGGCAUGUGCGCCAGAGUGCGGCGGAGGCGCUCGGGAAGCUCGGCGCCGCGGAGGCCGCGCCCGGGCUCCUGAGGGCGCUGCGGGGCGACGCCAGUGAUAAUGUGAGCCAAGCGGCGGCGGCGGCGCUCGGGGAGCUCGGCGCCGCGGAGGCCGCGCCCAGGCUCCUGAUGGCGCUGAGGGAACACGCUGGAGAGGGUGUGCGCUCGGCGGCGGCGAUUGCGCUCGGGAAGCUCGGCGCCGCGGAGGCCGCGCCCGGGCUCCUGGAGGCGCUGUGGGACCAUCAUUGGGAUGUGCGCCGGGAGGCGGCGGAGGCGCUCGGGAAGCUCGGCGCCGCGGAGGCCGCGCCCGGGCUCCUGGAGGCGUUCCUCGGCGACGCCGAUUCGGAUGUGCGCCAGGCGGCGGCGGCGGCGCUCGUGAAGCUCGACGCCGCGGAGGCCGCGCCCGGGCUCCUGAGGAUGCUGGAGGAGGACGUUGAUCCGGAGUUUCGCAGAACGGCGGCCAAGGUGCUCGACAGGUUCGACCCCAAGGACCUCGCCUUGCAGCUUGUGCGCACGGUCAGGAACAGGGACAUGAGCAUCCCUUGGCGCGAGACCGCGGCUUCGGAGCUGGCCAGGCUGGUCACCAAAGAUGCCGCUGUGGCGCUGGCGCUGGCCGACGAGCACGCCGACGCGUUGCACGACGCGGCGCAGGAGGAGGAGGUUGGCAAAGUCUUCCGCGACAGCUGCGCCAAGGCUGUGGGUAAGAUCGACGCGGCGCACGCGCAGGCGGCCGACGACGCAGCCAGGCACGGCACAGCUACGCAGCACAGGGUUUCCACUUCUGGUUCAUGAGCCGCGAGGAGUUCCUGGCACUGCCUGAGGACAGGCCAAUGCCCCGCCACCAGACCCUGAGGGAUCAGGGCAAGUUGGUGCGCAUCUUCAUGACCGACGCAGACGUCCUGUCUGGAGCGGCGAGGACAAAGGCUGCAGUCAGCCAUCGCUGGGUCAGGCAUUGGCACAUUGACCCGGACUGCACCAAGCUGAAGAAACUGAAGACGAUUCUGCGCGAGAGCCCGGACAUCACCCACGUCUGGAUCGACUGGGCGUGCAUUCCGCAGAAAUGGAAGGACGACGCCACGGAAGGGCGCAAAACAUUCGUGGAGCAGGAGGAAUUCAACAGAACUUUGGCGAACGUCCUCCCAUAUCCGUAAUGGCUUCGCCCCCUGCCGCCGGCCCCCUCUCUCGGAGAAUGGGCCAUGGAAGAGCUAAGUCAUGAGGCUUUGGCGCUGUCGUGCAGCAGUAUCGGAACUUCAUGCGGGGCCGAUUCGCAAUCGGCAAAACCAACUGAUCACAAG